UAAAGUACAAGAAUUUUCUUUGUAGGUGAAUGCUAAACAUUUUUGAUAUGGCCUCAAUACGCAAAGGACAAAAAGUCCAGGCAAUUCAUUUGACUGAAAGUGAGAGGAAAACGGGUUGACCUUAUGGGUGGGAUCCUUUUGAAGCCAGCUGACUCAGCAGCUAGACUCUGCAGUGCUGAACAUAAACUAGCUUGUACAUGACAUUCCCAAAAGAUCUAUUUGUUCUAGUCCUUAAGAGAGAACCCUCAGUGCUUCACGUUUGGAGCUGGGCAGUGAACAAUUUGAGACAAACUGGUUCACAAAGGCUCCUUGUUAGGGGGAACUGACCAGACACAUCAUCCCAAUUGAAGCCCCCUGUCAGUGUAUAUACUGACAGAGUGUGACACAAUUUAUUUCUCAGCUACCACUCUUUACUGAUCAAUGGUGAACUAUCUCCAACAGCAAGUUACUUGCCCUAAGUUUCAGCCAUGGCAUGGUAUUCACAUUGCUAUCUCGAUCCACAUGUGAAUUCUCAAGCCCUAAGCAAUCUAAUUUGAGUCCAAGCAAUCUAGUCCCUUUUUGUUCUUAAUGACUGGUUAGACUUGUUUGAAUUUUGUAGCCCUGGUGAUGAGGGAUUGAUUUAGUGCUGUUGCCCCUUCUAUAAAUAAAUUCUAAAUCCACCCACCAAGAUAUGUUGGUAUCAGCACCCUGAUAUGUAUGCACCACCACACUGGAAGAGACAUUUCCAUUUUAUGUUCUCUCACCUGCCUUCCCAUCCCCCCCACAGCCUCCACCCCCAAAAGAUAAACUGUAGACUGUAGAAUGUAGAACAUGGGCCUGGCAAUGAUUAAAUGUGAACAGCCUUGAUUGCGCUCUGUUACUGGCUCACGUUUGAGGAGUGACUAUUUUUCAAUGACGAUGCUGUGGAAAAGUGACUGUAAACCCUUACUAAACUCUCAAUCUGCCUUUGCUGAGCUGCUAAUAAUCUCAAUGCUCUUGCAAUAUCGGCGAGAAGUCAGUGUUAUGGGUGGCAUCACUCCUUUGCUUCAUUCCAUCUGAAGGUCAAAGUGAAUACCUGUUGGGAGGGAAGAAACAGCACAAAAGUAAUCCAGUGCCAUGGCGGUGUCAAAUUCUGAGUGGUCCCAGAAAGUAGCAGCAUUCUAUGCUAAUCCGUCACAUUUUCUUGCCAGUACGACAGCUGAGAACUUUGUUUGCGAUCUGCUGAGGGUCCUGGCAGACGAGAAGAUCAGUGAAAAUGUAAAGGUUCAGGUUCUCGGGAUAAUUCAAGAGUUCCCAGGACGGCUGUUCACCAGCUCUCGGGUGGCUGAGCAAGCAGCAGAGUCUAUCUUCAGCAUUUACUCGCAGCUGCCCUUUGUACCCAAGUCAGUCAAUCUGAAAUGCCACUUGCUGCUUUCAGUCACUACCAUAGUCAUUGCCACUGACCACCUGACCAGCAACGAGAAAAUACUGAACAACUUGAUGGGCCAACUGCUUGAUGCAGUGUGUGAUGCUAACGAUUGCAAAUACGGGGGACAUUUCCGGCCUCUCAGGGCCCUGGCGUGCAACUGCCUUCGAGAAUUUGAAACGUGCUACCCAGGUCUGCUGUCAACGAAACUGGAGAUCCUACAUACCCUCCAGCAAAAGGAAGUCAGUCUGCUGCACCAGGUCUACACACUGCUAUACAUACAAGUGUUGAAAAACGCAAUCCGCACGCUCUCGCGGUCACGUGUUGUGUCAGAGGGAGCCAUCCGUGAACUGUUGAUGAGGAACGAGGAAAUCAAAUGGGAAGUGAUGGAAAAGCCACAGGAUUUAUUAGCCAUCACCGCAACCACCAAUCUAUCUCCAUUACCGGUUACCGUUGAAACAAAGGAGUUGAAGUCUUCCGUGACUUUGCUGCUGGAGGAGUCCUUCCUCCUAACUCCAGUAUCCCAAGCUGCAUUGUUUCACGAGUUGAUCCAGGUGGUCCUUAUGGUGCGCUCACUUUCUCCAGCCAUUUUCCGAUCCCAGUUACUGCGUCUGUUUGGGACAAUGGAUAUCUCCUUGAUGCACACCAUGCUGCACAUGAAGGCAAGUUUCACUGACAGUCUUUUCAGUGCUGAGGAUGAGAACUUCCUGUUGAAGCGUCUAGUCUGCAUGGCCCAGCAUCCAUUGCUCAGCAAUCCCCUCAAGCUCUUCUACAUGGAUUGCUUACUUCAUUUCCCUGAAAACCGCCCCAUUAACUCUAACCUCGAAGAGAAUCUUCCAGUUUUGUUCACGCCAAAGAUGGCAGCUUGCCUUUUCCCCACACUAUUUAAUGAUAGCAGCACAAUGCUGUCUCGUCUCAACUUGGUGAGUCUUAUGUGCCUUGACAGUGCUGAGGAGGAAAGAGGACUUGCUGAGAUCUUUGAUUACCUCGUGUCCUUGUAUAAACUGGUGGAUGCCGAUGGAAGCCGAGGACAUACUGUGACAUUUUUCCAAGUUGUGUAUAUAUUUGUGAGUUGCUUCCAUGCCAGUGAAAUUUACAUGUCAGAGCUGACUCAAUAUAUGGUUAAACUGUACCAGAGACAUUGCACCUUAGCUCCACACAUGAUUAAUCUCAUCGAUAGCAUUCAGCACCUCUUGGAGGAUUCAAAGUGGCCUGUUUCAUUGGGGGAUGCUUUGCGCAAGCUGAUCGUCGAGCUCCCAUCCGAGCAACUAUCUCCUCAUAAACUCAUAUGGCACCUCAAGGUCCUUGCAAGAGUGGCCAAAGAACCCACCAUAACACAGAAAGCAACAGUUCAAUUUUUACUGAACGUUGUUCGAGCUUCUGACAUGUGCGGGCUGGGUGAGUGGAGGAUGGGUAACGCAGUCUUGUCUGUGUGCAGAAGCAUUCUGCAUCACCAGAACGUGAAGCCCAUCUUCAGUGACCUUGCAGACCUCCUGCAGCACAUUCACGUCCAGUUCCAGGACAUUGACAUUCAGGAUCAUGCCCAUUUCUAUUAUGCUUUACUCACCUGCCUCUCCCACGAGAAGCUGGCAGGAAUCGUUGCACCAGGGUCCGGCAACUGUAAUCGGGCAAAGGCACGAUCACUCUCAUCCCUAAUGUCAGAGAGUGCAGGUCACUCCAUUUCUGUUCUUCCAAUAAAACACCCAGUACUGAAACUCAUUCCAGUCCCAGAAGAAGGUCCUUCCAACAACAAUCCAACUGGAGACACAGACAUGAACUACUAUGAGGAAGAUUCCUUAGAGAAAUACUUGAAUCAAUUUCAAAACGUUGGGUUUGCUUCUGCCGUUGUGAUGAACUUCCAUUUGACUUUUGCAGAGAAAGUCGAUCCUGAUUAUCACAAAAUCUACACUGUGCAUUUACAUUUUGACCUGAGGAGCAUUCACUAUGAGCCGUUGAGUGAUCUCCACGUCCCCUGUCUCUUCCUAAACAGAAAUCCUCAUGUUUUCUCCUUGGCUUUCAAGCCACAUCUCCCUUUUCCUGUCACUUUACACACGAGAGCAGUCUUUACCACGGAGGACGGCAGUACAUGUUGUAGCCAGCUCGAGCCUGUUGACAUCGGCUUUGCCUGUUUGUUCCUGGCCCCUCCCGUACCAACAAAUUGGCCGUCGAAAAUGAAGGCUCAACUCUUUAGCCAGUUGUGGGAAUCCUUGCUGCAGACUGGAUCCAGCCAGUCUGUUCUCAGUCGCUUCUGUUUUACAAUAGCUCGGAGACCUCUGAGUGAACUCACAAACUUGCACUUUAAAAAAUAUGUGGUUUCUCAGCAAACUGACCCAGAGUCUUACAAAAUUUUUCUGUUCCUACCCCCUCGAGUCCAUCUUUUGCUCAGUGUGGAGCAGGUGGACAAUGUGGCAAAAGUCGACAUUGUCACUGAUAACUGGCAGCUUUUACCCUUCAUUAAUUCUUACCUGAUUGACAUAACGUCUGAAAAAUAGCUGCUGCGAGCUUGGUGGUCGGAACACAGUGCAGUUAUUAAACUAUUUCUGUGUGGUACCACUUUGAAUGUACUUCCUUAUUCAAGCUACCAGUUUGUCUUCUGGGAUUAUUGCUGAGUGUGUGAUGCCUGCUCUAAGUUGUUGAGAGUGCGGCAUUUUGAGACAAAUGCUAAGUUAAUACCAUUCUGUUUUCUUUAAUGUUGUCUUAACGGCAUAGAAUUUACUCUAAAUGCAGGGAAUUUUGCCCAGCAAAUUCCCAGUUUAAUGUCCUGGCUGGGUUGAAUUAGCUGAUGUUAAUCCAGGUCAUUACAGAACCUAUGUAAGGGGUGCUCUAAGGGUGGAUAACAUCAAACCAGCCAGGUUUCUUGUUGAUCAAACAGUGACGUCCUUGUAAGACCUAGACAUCAGUUGGAAAGGAUAGGAUCUGCAUUGGAAAUGAUGCCCUUUGUAACUCGAGUCUGUGUUGCUUCCUGACAGACUUACACAUGAUGCAUGUUGCAUUCGGCAGCUAGUGCCAUUGGAAGUGGACUGUAGAAGGUUGAUACCUUCAGAAGUGGAGGGAUCAACAGGGAUGAGGAGAGUUAGUACAGAUUCAAUGGGUCGAAUGGCUUGCUUCCACACUGUAGGGAUUCUAUAAUCGAUCAGUGUUUGCUAUUUUCCUUUAAUUCAUCAACUUUGGUAUUGUACAUAACAAAUAUUUUUAUAUAUGGCUUGGUACUUCUCAGAUGUUUUGUGUUUUCCUUGUAAUUUCAUUCUGUUGAAGGGAGCCAUAGGUUACGAGAGGAUGACCAUGUAAAAUAAUGUCUCAAUCCAGAGUUCACAGCAUACAAAGCCUCAGCGUUGACAAAGCCCCGUACCUUUUAUCUCCUUUCUGAAAUGGCUAGACCGGAGAGAUGCCCAGUCUGCAGCAUUGCUGGGGAAAGUGCCUGCUGUGACAGUGCAUUGUUCACUGUUCACUGCUCACUGAGUGUGUCUCCGAGCAGCUGUCUUAAAUCCCCUUCCACACCAAAGACUGAAAAUCAAUCUGUCUUUGUACCGUUCCCAGGAUAGAGUUGGAGGCCAUGGGAGCACAGCUGAUUGCAGGGCGAAACAAAUACGCCAUGAAGUUCCAGUUGUGGCCACACUGAAAUAACCAUUCAGUUCCUUUCAGCAUUUACUCUUGAGCUAAGAUCGUUUGUGUGUUCUCAUUGAUCUCUGUGUGAAUCAGAGCAGUGCAAUAAUCAUUGACUACGUUAUGUAACUCUAACUUGUCAAGGCCUUCUCACAAAGAAUGACGUAGCGAAUGGCUGUCAGUUAUUUCGUUGAGCUGAAACAGGUGCAAUGUGUGUACAUCACCUUUCUGUCCACAAAGAGAGGGGCCUCUCGUUUAAUAAAUGUAGCUCUCAGUGCAUCAAAGUGUACUGCAUUGCAGUGCAAGUCCAGUUGAGAAUUCUAUUCUGAGUACUGUUGUUUAUCUCUCCAGUGUGGAAAACCAGUCACGCUGUUAUGUUUCCUGUUAUUCAGUCAAAUUUGUACUGAUUCAGCCAAUGCCCCUUCUGUUGGACAUAGCUCAAAUUUGAAGAAGUCUGUGAUAUGGCAUGUCAUGAAAUACCUUUCAAAAGUACAUUGAGGUUGCAUCAAUUAUACUUGCCACACUCCCCACUCAUGCAAUUCAGAUAGUUAAACAUGAAUUUCCCUCAACAAUCCUGUACUGACCUUCCCUAACUAUUCCAUCUUUUGUUAAAGCAAUUGUUAACGUUGUCCUAGAUUGCUGCUUCUAAAAGCUUUCCUACCCUCCUAUCCCACUCCCCACCCUGGCGUUAAACUGAUGAAUCUAGCAAAUACAAGCCGAUCACCCACUUUGGCUAAUGAUAUAACGUUUGCAAUUCUCCAGUCCUUUGGCACCGCAUCACCCCACCCCAACUAAGGAGUUGGAAGACUACGAGUGCACUGCCACAAUUCUGCCCUUCCUUCAACAUCCUCCAACUUAUUCAACGUUGUCCUUUUUCUUUAUCCAAUUUAAUGACAAUCAGCUUUUUAAAUACCAUCCAUUUUUCAGCGUCUUAGUUAUCCCCUCCUUCAAAUGACUUUGGCAGCAUCUUCCUUGAUAAGGGUACAAUUGUAAGGUUCGGAUUUUUGUAUUUGAUUAAAUGUGUCUGAUAUUUGUCCUUGGUGUUUCUUGGGAUGUGGUGACUGACAAUCAAAAACUAAACUGAAGCAAGCAACUAUAAGCAUCAGAUCAGAUAUUUUAAAGAAUUGAACAAAACCCAUCCUAGCAUUAAACUUGGGACUGUGUUAUCUCUGCCUAUCUUAAAGGAGUCAAACACAAACAAACUCAUUUAGUACUUCAGCUAUCUCCCCUGUUAUGUAUAGAUCUCCUUUCUGUGCCCUAAUUGGCCCCAGCACUAAUUUUGCUGUUGCUGUUACUGUUACAUGACUGUCAAAAAUCGGUGAUCAUCCUACUUUGCACACUUUCUAAAAACACAUUUGAAUACAGUGACAACCUAGAUUUGUGGAGCCAUGACAUCAGUACAUCUAAGCCUUCAGGCAGAGCACCUUGAUAGGCAAAAAAUAUCACAUCCAUCAGAAAGGAUUUUAACCCAUUCUUUACUGGGCUGGAGGGAAGUUAGCCCUUGGCUGCUUGUAACCAAAACAAAACAAAAAAGUUCUCAUUCAUUUAUUGUUAUUUGAGACAUUCUGUCCCUGUUCUAGUACAAAUUUUCUCCCCCAUGAGUCUCUUGUGGAUCUUGUUACUUCCGACAUUUGCAAAAUCUGACUAGGAGUAAAGAGAGCUUUUGUUCUUAACAAGUUGUUGGAUAUUUGCCCUGGGAAGGAAAACCCUGCUUUUAAGAUAUGUGUCAUGCACAGCUGAAGCAUCUGCAGCCAUGUUCAACAGAACUGCUAAGUGGAUGAUCCUUCUUGGCCUACUCCGUAGAUUCCCUGUGUCUCGGAUGCCAGUCUUCAACCAAUUGCAUUUACUGCACCUGCUAUCAAGAAACAGCUGAAGGUACUGCAUAUUGCAAAGGUUGUAGUCCCUGACAACAGUGUUGUCAAUUGUCACACUGGAAACUUGUGUAGGUCUGUGUGGGGACUGAAAUUCCUGAGGAAGUGGUGGAUGCAGGUGCAGUUACAAUGUUUAAAAGCCAUUUGAAUAAGUACAUGAAUAAGACAGAUAUGUGCCAAGUACACACAGCUGGGAGUAGUUUAGUUUGGGAUUAUGGCCGGCGUGGUCUGGUUGGACCAAAGGGUCUCUUUCUGUGCUCCAUGACUCUAGCCAUGUUGUUUCAGUAUAGCUGCAACUCCUGGCAUCUACCUGGCAAUGUCCUGCCCACAAAAGCCAGGGCAAAUCCAACCUUAGCAAUUACUGCCCCAGCAAUCUACUCUUGAUCAUCAGCAAAAUGACAGAAGGUGUUAUUGACAGCUCUAGAUAUAAACAGCUCCCUCGUGUUGGGGCUGAGUUUGGGGCUCACCUAGGGCUGCUAGUUUCCAGACUUCAUUACAGCCUUGGUUUAUACAUUCCCCAAAGAGCUGAGCCCAAAACGUGAGGUGAGAAUGAUUUCUGUUGAUCUUGAGGUGACAUUUGACCAAGAAUGGCAUUGAGAAGCACUACCACACCUGGAGUCAAUUAGCAUCAUUUUGUGUAUGUGGUUGAAGUCAUCCUUCAUGUUCCUCAUGUUAACGCUAUGCCCAGCCAUCUUAGACUGCUCCAAUACAGACAUUACCUCCCACAUAAAAUCAGAAGGAAGGUCUUGAUUACACAAUGUUCAAAACCAUUUGCAAUUCCUCAGAUAUUGAAGCAGUCUAUGCCCAAGUGCAAAAAGACCUGGACAACAUUCAGGCUUGGACUGACAAGUGGCAAGUAAGAUUGACAUCAUUUCGGUGCCAUCAAGGACAAUUUAACACUAUCUGUUGUCAGUCAGUGCAUUAUGAUCACUGAAUCUCCCAAUAAUCUGCACUCUUGUGGUUGCUAUUAACCAUUAUAAAUGCUAUGGUUACAAAGGUAGAGUGGAGGCUGGGUGUUCAACAGCAAGUAACUACCACACCUCCCAACCCCACUAACUCCGCAAACCCUGUCUCCCAUCCACAACAGACCAGUCAGGAGUGUGAUGGAAUACUCCUCACUUGUCCAGAUGAGUUCAGCACCAUCAAAACUCAAGAAGCUUGACACUUCCACAACAAAGUGGCCUGCUUGAUUGGCAUGCCAUCAGCCACCUUCAACAUUCACAUCCUCCACCAUUGGCACAUACAGGUUGCAUUAUGCACCAUCUGUAAGGUACGCUGCAGCAUCUCAUCAAGUCUCCUUCAAUAGAGCCUUUCAAACACAUGACCCAUACAAACUGGAAGGGCAAGGGUGGCAGAGGGAUAGAAACAUCACCAACUGCAAGUUCCCAAACAAUCCAGACUUGGAAAUGUAUCACCGUUCCUUUGUUGUUAUUGGGUCAAAAUUCUGGUACUCUCUGCCCAACGGCACGUUGGAUGUGCCUACACCACAAGGACAGUAGUGGUUCAAGGAGGCAGCUUCCCAUCACCUUCUCAACAGCAGUUAAGGAUGGCUCUAUGUAGUGAUCUCAGCAAUGGUCAAACACCAUAAACAGUUUUUUUUGAAAAAGAGCACCAUGCUCUCACAGUUCAGGCUGUGUGGAGAAGAAGGCUCCUUCUCCCAUUGCCCUUCACCAAUCUGCUUCAACUCCAAUCUCAGAAAAAAUCUCAGCCUGCACUAGGCGCUUUUGAAUCCUGACACGAACCCUGACUGAAUAUUCUGUGGGGAAUUGGGGUAGAGUUUGCAUCAAUGCUUAUUAGGACUCGUAUGAAACUGCUCCAACUUAUUUUAUCUCGCAUCGAGCUCUGUCCUAUCUUAGGCAAAACUGCCAAACUGCAGCUGUGGAGCUGUUGUCCAUGAUGCCUCUCUUCAAUCAUCAGUUUUCAAAACUCAGACUUUAUUUCCGUUGUCGAGGGGAUUUCAGUAAACCGAUGGCGUGUGUGAAACGCACCAGUCACUUCACACACUACACAGCAUUAGAAUUACAGUUUCUGGCCCUGCAUGGGUUUCCUUUGGGUGCUCCGGUUUCUCCCACAGCCCAAAGAUGUGCAGGUUAGGUGGAUCGGCCGUGCUGAAAUUGUCUGUAAUGUUCAGGGAUGUGUAGCCAAAGGAAAGGCAGGGUUAUGGGAUAUGAUGGGAGUCUGGAUGGCUUUUGGAAGGUCAGUAUGGACUCAAUGGGCCAAAUGGCCUCCUUCUGCACUUUAGGGGAUCUAUGAUUCUGUGAAACCUGGUAGAGAUUGGGAGACCAUUUGUCUGAAAUAUGCAUGGUUACAGAUUCUUCACUUAUUUUGUGAGCAACUUGAGAAGUGUCAAGCCUCUUCACAAAAUUUAAGGCAAUCUAGAAAUCUUAUGUCCCUAUCAAGUUUAGAAUGUUUUGUUUUGUUAAGCCAUUAAGCAUUAUGGAACCAAGACAGAUAGACAGAGUUAAACUACAAAUCAUUCAUGAUCUAAUAGAGGGACAGCACAGGUUCAUUGGCUGAAUGGCCUACUCUUCCUGUGACCCAUAUGCAGGGAUGUAUUGAAGGUAUAAUGGAGCAUUAAUGUUCAUAGGAUUAUAGCAGUCAAUUCCUGUUGUAGAUUGGUGCUAUAAAUGACAGGGGUAAACACUGAGGUUGUUUCCCCUGACUGACAAAUUUAGAGAAUGGAGCUCAUAGGAUCAGAGUCCAAUCAUUUACAACUGAGAUGAGGAAAAACCUCUUCACUCAAGGAGUUGAAAGUCCUUGGAAGUCUCCACCCCAGAAGGUUGCAGAUGUACCAUCAUUGAAUAUAUUUAAGACUGCAGGACAGAUUUUUGGCUUUUGAGAGAAGUGAUAGAUAUGGUGACGGGCAGAAAAUUAGAGUUGAGACUGAAAAUCUGCCAUGAUGAACUGUUGGAGCAGACUUAAGGGACUGUAUAGUUUCCUGCUGCUUCUUUUUAAUAUUCUUAUUUACAAUGGUGAUACCUUUGGGAUGAGCAAUUUAUAACCAGGUCAUUAGUUAUUCAUAUUCAAAGUGUAAGUAAGUACAGUAAUAACAGUUCAAUUUGCUGAAUUUCCUCCAUGGAUUUGAGAUUCUCAGAUGAUUGUAACUAUUUGUGUUGGUUGGCAUCAUUUAAGAAUGAAGUUUUCCCUUCUUAA